CAGUGUGGCGCCGGUGCUCGUGAUGGCGGGAGAGGUGCGGUCCGUCGUGCUCAAAAGGGGUCCGGAGGGCGGAUUCGGGUUCUCCAUCCUCGGCGGUUCUGGCUCCGAGCUGCCCCCGAUCGUGUAUGAUAUCGUAGCGGGCUCGCCAGCCUCCAAUAGUGGCCAGCUGGAGGCGGGCGAUGUGAUUCUGGAGGUGAAUGACCAGGAGGUCAGUGACCUCACCACCAAAGAAGUGCUGAAAUGUCUGCGGCUCUCGGAGCAGUCGGUCUCGCUCAAACUGCGGAAAGAUGACGCGGUCCGGCAGCGGGUCAGCCAGUACCUGCAGUCGCCGCAGACCCUGGAGCAGCUGCGGCCGGCCAUCACCCAGCGCGACCUGGCCCACGUCCGAGAGGUGGUGGCCAUGAAGGGCUCGUCGCGCCGCGCGCCGGCCGCCGUGCCGCGCGUGCCGCUGGUACACAGCCCGCCCAAGGGGCGCGCCAAGCCGCUGCCGCCGCCGUCCGAGGCGCGCCGCCAGACGGACGGCGCGGCGCACACCAACGGCCACGGCGGCACGGCGCCGGCGCCGGCCGACGGACGGCCGCGCUUCGAGGCGUUCACCAUGACCGGCGAGCUGAUGCUGAAUCUGUCGCGUCUGCCGGCCGACGAGCUGCCGCCGCCGGGCCCGCCGGCUGACGGCGGCGGCUCGGCGCCCACCAGUCCGCCGGCGGCUCCGUCCGGCGGCGGCGGCGGCCUGUUCCGCGGCUCCCGCUCCGAGGACCGGCUCCUGUCUCCGCCGGCGGAGGCGGACUCCGCAGCGGAGCGGGCCGGAUCCGUGGACCCACUGCCCGACACCGACACGGCGCGGGGCAACGGGCCGAGUCCGGCACAGCGAAUACUCGAACAGGACAACGACCGGGGGGACGAACAGGGCAACGACCGGGGGGACGACCAGGGUAACGACCUGGGGAGCGACCAGGGUAACGACCUGGGUAACGACCAGGGUAACGCACAGAGCAGCGGCCGCAGUGGGACGGCGAGCGGCCGGAGCGGCGAGCGGACAGACGACGCCGGCGGCGGCCGGCCGUGUGGUGAGAGCCGGCUGAACGGGGAGACCACGGAGCAGAGCGGAGCACACGGCCCCGGCCCCGUCCCCGGCAGUCCCGACUCGGACGACGGCUCCGACUCGGAGAGCCAGCGCAGCCUGCCGCCGCCCUGCCCCAGGGCCGUGGACGGGCCGUCGGCCGGCCGGCUCGCCAAGCGGCUCUACAUGCUGGAGGGCUUCCGGCGCUCGGACGUCUCCAGGCACCUCGGCAAAAAUAACGAGUUCAGCCGGGCGGUGGCCGAGGAGUACGUCAAACAUUUUGACUUCAGCGGCUGCUCGCUGGACGUGGCGCUCGGCCAGUUCCUGGAGCGGUUCUCGCUGACUGGCGAGACCCAGGAGCGCGAGCGGGUGCUGGUGCACUUCAGCCGCCGCUACAUGGACGGCAACCCGGCUGCCUUCAACUCCGUCGACGCGUGCCACACCCUGACCUGCGCGCUGAUGCUGCUCAACACCGACCUGCACGUGCAGCACGUGCCGCGCAAAAUGACCUGCGCCGAGUUCGUCGACAACCUGUCGGAGCUGAACGACGGCCGGGACUUCCCCGAGGAGACGCUGCGCCGACUGUACCAGGCCAUCCGGGCGCGGCCCAUACACUACGCCGCCGAUGACGAGUACGAGGAGAUGGAGGCGGCUCCGGCGACCGGCCUGCCACCUGGCGGCGGCGUGACGAACCCGUUCCUGGCGGCGCCUGAUCCCGAUAAAGCCACCGAGUACAAGCGCGGCUACAUGAUGCGGAAGUGCUGUCUGGACGCCGGCGGGAAGCGCACGGCGCUGGGCCGGCGCUCGUGGCAGAUGUUCCACUGCACGCUCCGCGACCUGGUGCUGUACCUGCACAAAGACGAGAGCGGCUCGCGGCGGGCGGCUGCCUUCGAGCACCUGCACAACGCCAUCAGGGUGCACCACGCGCUGGCCUCCAAGGCCGAGGACUACGUGAAGAAGCAGCACGUGUUUAAACUGCAGACGGCUGAUCAGGCCGAAUAUCUGCUCCAGACCAGUGACGCCAAGGAGCUGCAGUCGUGGGUGGACACGGUGAAUUUCGUGGCGGCCAGUCUCUCCUCGCCGCCUUUGCCGGGCGCCGUGGGCAGUCAGAGGCGCUUCCAGCGACCGCUGCUGCCGUCCGGAGUCACCUCCCGCAGCCUGCACGACCAGCUGCUGGGCCACGAGGACCGGCUGGCGGAGAUCGAGGCCGAGCUGGCGGAGCUGGACGGCGCUGGCGACCCGGAGGGCAGGCCCAGCCACCAGCAGCGGCAGUACCAGCGGCACAAGGCCGCCUUCCUGCAGGCCGAGGCGGUGCGGUACCGCACCUACUGCCAGCUGCUGCGCUCCAAAAUGGCCGCCGAGCCGCCGCCGCCAGCGCCCCUGGCGGCCGCCGCCGCAGUCUCGCCUACCGCAGCAGCCGACAGAGGGCGGCCCGGGCGGACGGCCGACAGCGCUGUCUCCGCGGAGGAGGAGCCCUCGGCCGCCGCCGGCUCCGGCGUCACCAAGGAGCACCUGUUGUCGGCUAAGAAGCAGCGGCGCUCCACCCCGGACCAGGCGCAGACAGUGGCGGACAGCGCCGCGGGAGCAGACGGCAGCGUGUCGCCGCCGACCGGGGAGGGUGCGGCCGCAGCUGAGCGGCCGGCCACCGGUACAGCCGCCCAGGGUACUACGGCAGGCGCCUCGGCCGCCGCAGACGGUGAAGUCACCGCCAAGAAGAAGCGCCGCUGGUGGCAGAAAUGAGCCGCUCCGUUAGAGGCCAAAUCGCCGCGGCUGGAGGCCCGCUCCGGUAGAGGCCGAACGGCCGCGGACCGGGUCGGACUCUGUUAGAGGCCGAGCCGCGGACCGGACCGGGUCGGACUUCUGUUAGAGGCCGAGCCGCGGACCGGGUCGGACUCUGUUAGAGGCCGAGCCGCGGACCGGGCCGGGCCUGACUCUGUUAGAGGCCGAGCCGCGGACCGGGUCGGACUCUGUUAGAGGCCGAGCCGCGGACCGGGUCGGACUCUGUUAGAGGCCGAGCCGCGGACCGGGUCGGACUCUGUUAGAGGCCGAGCCGCGGACCGGGCCGGACUGUUAAAGGCUGAGCCGCGGACCGGGCCGGACUCUGUUAGAGGCCGAGCCGCGGACCGGGUCGGACUCUGUUAGAGGCCGAGCCGCGGACCGGGCCGCUGCAGGAGACCCAGCGGCCGCGGACCAGGCCGCUGUCUGCGCCUGUGUGCCCCCGCCGGCCUGUCUGGGCCGGUGUGUGUGUGUGUCUGUCUGCUCCCCAGUCCGUCUGUUUCUGUGUUACCAGCCCGCGCAGUAACACGGUGUGAUUCCCGCGCUAACCCCGGCUGUGCCCCCCGGCCGGUUAGGCCGCCAUUAGUCGGCGCGCCUGCCCCCCGCCCGGAGAGUUGCGUCACGGCGCCGCCUGUGUGAUUUCAAUGCCACCGGCUCUGCCGGAUAUUGCGCCGUUAGAUGUGUUGGAUAUGACGUGAGUAGGUACUGGUAGGCGCCGCCGUGUCAGUGACCGUGUGUCUGUGUGUCUGUGUGCUGAAUGUAGGUACAGAGCUACAAUACAAAAACCGGCGGAAA